CCGGGUUUAAGCCGCUGGUUGGCGGUGGCCAUCGCCCCAGAGCGCGUCGGCAUCGCGGGUGGCUGUCGGCGAGCGCGAGCCGCGCAGAGGAGGCGCUGUCUUGUGCUUCUGUGUGGCAGCUCAGAAUGAUGGAUCAAGCCAGAUCAGCAUUCUCUAAUUUGUUUGGUGGAGAACCACUGUCAUAUACCCGGUUUAGCCUGGCUCGGCAAGUAGAUGGAGAUAAUAGUCACGUGGAGAUGAAACUAGCUGUAGAUGAAGAAGAAAAUGCUGACCAUAACGUGAGGGCAAAUGUCACAAAACCAAAAAAGUUUAAUGGAAGGAUCUGCUACGCAACUAUUGCAGUAAUCAUCUUUUUCUUGAUUGGAUUUAUGAUUGGUUACCUGGGCUAUUGUAAACGUGUAGCACCAAAAGAUGAGUGCGAAAGACUGGCAGAAACGGAUACAUACAAGUUAGAUAACUUCAAGACAGAAGAAGACGUUCCUCAACUACCUUCUCGCUUAUAUUGGGAAGACCUCAAAGCAAUGCUGUCAGAGAAACUGAAUCCCAUAGAUUUUACUAAUACCAUCAGGCAGCUGAACCAAAAUACAUUUGUCCCUCGUGACGCUGGUUCUCAAGAAGAUGAAAAUCUUGCCAAUUUUAUUGAAGAUCAGUUCCAUGAUUUAAAACUCAGCAAAGUGUGGCGUAAUGAACACUAUGUUAAGAUACAGGUCAAAGACAGCAUUGUUCGAAACUCAGUGACCAUAACGAAUACAAAUGGUACCAUGGGAUACCUAGUGGAGAAUCCUGAGGGCUACGUGGCAUAUAGUAAAGCUGCAACAGUUAUUGGUAAACUGGUCCAUGCUAAUUUUGGCACUAAAGAAGACUUUGAAAGUUUAAACUCUGCCGCAAAUGGAUCACUAGUGAUUGUUAGAGCAGGAAAAAUCACUUUUGCAGAAAAGGUUGCAAAUGCUGAAAGCUUUAAUGCAAUUGGUGUCUUGAUAUACAUGGACCAGACUAAAUUUCCUAUUAUUCAGGCAGAGGUUCCACUAUUUGGACAUGCUCAUCUAGGAACAGGAGAUCCCUACACACCUGGAUUCCCUUCUUUCAAUCAUACGCAGUUUCCACCAUCUCAGUCAUCAGGAUUGCCUAAUAUUCCUGUCCAAACAAUUUCCAGAAAAUGUGCAGAAGACCUGUUUCAAAGCAUGGAAAGAGCCUGCCCUUCUAGUUGGAGAACAGACUCUUCAUGUAGGCAGGUAUCUUCACAGAAUCGGAAUGUGAAGCUCACUGUGGCCAAUACACUGAAAGAGAUAAAAAUACGUAACAUCUUUGGAGUUAUUAAAGGUUUUGAGGAACCAGAUCGCUAUGUUGUAGUGGGGGCACAGCGGGAUUCUUGGGGCCCUGGAGCUGCAAAGUCUAGCGUCGGAACAGCUCUUCUGCUGGAACUUGCCCAGACAUUCUCAGAUAUGGUCUUAAAAGGUGGGUUUAGACCCAGCAGAAGUAUUAUCUUUGCAAGCUGGAGUGCUGGAGACUUUGGAGCUGUUGGUGCCACAGAAUGGCUAGAGGGAUACCUUACUACUUUACAUUCAAAGGCUUUCACUUAUAUUAAUCUGGAUAAAGUUGUUCUUGGUGCCAAGAAGUUCAAGGUCUCUGCCAGCCCAAUGCUGUACAAACUUAUUGAGAAGACAAUGCAAGAUGUCAAGCAUCCACUUGAUGGACAACCUCUAUAUCGGGACAGCAAUUGGGCCAACAAAGUUGAGAAGCUCUCUUUCGAUGAUGCUGCUUUCCCUUUCCUUGCAUAUUCUGGAAUUCCAGCAGUUUCUUUCCAUUUUUGUGAGGACACAGAAUAUCCUUAUUUGGGCACUACCAUGGAUACCUACGAAGUUCUGAUUAAGGAAAUUACUCAGCUGAACAAACUGGUACGUGCAGCAGCUGAAGUAGCUGGUCAGUUCAUAAUUAAACUUACCCACGAUAUUGAACUGAACCUGGACUAUGAAAUGUAUAACAGCAAGAUACUGUCAUUUGUGAAGGAUCUGAUGCAAUUCAGAGCAGACAUAAAGGCAAUGGGUCUGAGUCUGCAGUGGCUGUAUUCUGCUCGUGGAGAUUAUUUCCGUGCUACAUCCAGACUGACAACAGAUUUCCAUAAUGCUGAGAAAACAAAUAGAUUCAUCAUGAAGGAGAUUAAUGAUCGUAUCAUGAAAGUGGAAUAUCACUUCCUCUCACCCUAUGUAUCUCCAAGAGAGGCUCCUUUCCGACACAUCUUCUGGGGCUCUGGGCCUCACACUCUGUCAGCUUUAAUAGAGAACUUGAAGCUGCGUCAGAAAAAUGAUAGUGCUUUUAAUGAAACAUUGUUGAGAAACCAGUUGGCUCUAGCAACUUGGACUAUUCAAGGAGUUGCAAAUGCCCUUUCUGGUGACAUUUGGGAUAUUGACAAUGAGUUUUAAAUAUGACAUCCAUAAUUUACUUGGGAACAGCAGGGUUCUAUACUUGCGCUGGUUGUGCGAAAUUUUCAGUAUAGCUACAAAAUCUAUGUUAAAAUUCUCCCCAAUCUUCUUGAUACUACUAGAUGUCUAUAUGCAGCAGCUUUUUAUACAGGGUGGGUACCUGCACUUCAAGUUAAAGUGAAUAACCACUUUAAAAGUGGUGAUGGAAUGCUUCCUCAGAGUAUCUCUAGAAUAUUAAGUACUUUGUAAUGGUAACUGCCUGUUUGCAUCAUAGUUACAAAAAUGUCAGAACCAGUUACAGAAACUAUUGCUCUAAAUCCUAAGGACAUGCACUGGUAUCUUUUGAGGUGGGAGGAAGAAGGUGGUAUCUGCUAAAGGAGCAAAGUAGCUAAGUGUGUGCAGUCCCCCAUCUACACUUGAUGCUAACUAGGAGAUGGCAGGUUGUAAGACCUUAUUCUCCACAUAAGAUCUAUCUCCUUUAAAAGGAUUUAGCUGGUGUCAGCAUCCCUGAAUAAAAACAGUUAACUUUCAGAAGAGAUAGGACUUGCUUUCUUGCCAGUGAGGUCUAAAAUAGAGGUUCUUCAACUGGAUAAAAUGAGAUUCACCUCAUUAUCACAGGAAUAUGGCCUUACUGUAUUAGUCUCAAUAUUACUUAUGAAAGAGGAGACCAGGAGCCAAAGAUUUAGUAUAUUUUCUUUUUCUCUGUCCUUUGCUCAGUAGUUUUUAAUUCUUUUGUUAUUUUGUUUUUCCAAAGUAUUCUUAAAAGAACAAGUUUUAGGCAUUUGAUUUCAGAUUCAAUUUCUCAGACUUAAAAACACAUUGCCAAUUUGGCCAAAGUGUUACUCUUUUAGGAAAACUUUCUAUCAUUUUGGCACUGAGAUAUUUAUUGUUUAUUUAUCAGUGACAGAGUUCACUAUAAAUAAUGUUUUUUUAUAGAAGAUAAUUAUCGGAAGCAGUGCCUUCCAUAAUUAUGACAGUUAUACUGUCGUUUUUUUUGUUUUUUUAAUAAAAGCAGCAUCUGCUAAUAGAAUCCAACAGAUACUGGAAGUUUUGCACUUAUGGUCAACACUUGAGGGUUUUAGGAAACCAGCCACAAGCCAAAUAAAAUAAUAUUAAGAAAUGGAAAAUAAACUAAAUUAGUGAUUGAAAAUUAAGUUAAAAUAUUUAGCUGGUCAAAAAAAAAGAAAAAAGAUAGUUCUAAAUGCAACGAAUUGUGAUCAAGUUACAAAGAAAUGUAAUUUAAUGGCUGUGGUAGUACUUGAAUUUGCAAAUUUUUACAGCCUCAAUUUAGAUAUAACUUCAGUUUUGCAAAAUUUCCAGUACCUUUGUCACAAAUGUAACUCACAUUAUCGGGAGCAGUGUCUUCCAUAAUGUAUAAAGAACAAGGUAGUUUUUGCCUACCAAAGUGUCUAUAUCGGAGGCAGUGAUCUCCAUAUGUUACACUAAGGGUGUACGUAAUUAUCGGGAACAGUGUUUCCCAUAAUCUUCUUCAUGCAGUGACAUCUUCCGAGUUUGAAGAUUGUUAGUAUCUAACAUGUAUUCCCAACUCCCUAUAACUCUUUUAGUUUAGUUGCAGAAACAUUUUGUGGUCAUUAAGCAUUUGGUGGGUAAAUUCAACUGCUGUAAAAUAAAAUUAUUUCUUCAGGAUUUUUUUAUUUUAGUUUAAUUUAAUAUGGGUGUUUUGUUAUCUGUGUGGUUUCCCCAGGUCUUCGUUGGUAAGUGGAUUUAACUCUAUCCCUUUAUUUGCAUGUUAUUGCCUAUAAACUCAGCUCAGGCAAGUUUAAAUCCAGAAUUGACCCUUUGGCUUAAAGCAGGGAUAGUUUGGUAUAGGCUUGGGGGUGGGGGGGGGGGGAGUAAAGAGUAUGGGAAACCAAAACUUGCAAAAGGAUCUUUAAUCAUAUCUGCCUACUCAUCAGUAUAGAGGGUAUAAGUAAUGUAGAUAUGAAUAAAUAACUUUAAAGUCACAUUAGAAAAGGCUUUAUUUUCUAGUCAGCCAUCAUUAUAAAUCUGAUCAUCAGGUAUUUGUCAUGGGCAGUUCAAAGCUGCCACCUGAGAGAAAGUUGCUAGUGUGUCUAGUUUCUUAGUAUGGCUCAUCUAAGUUAUAUAGACUGAUUAUUUUGCAGCCUCACUUAAUUGUUUUGCUACUCACAGUCUCUCUAAGCUUCAUAAGGUUUGUCUUAGACUGAUAUUUAGUAUAGCUAAAUAAAAAGAUAAAAGCCUGGAAUUCUGGAUUAGGUAACAUGUAUACAUUAAUAGAAGCUCAGUGACUUCAGUGCAUAUGAAUAGAGGGCAUGUUUUAUCUUUUAAAUGAGAAAAACCUCGUGCUUUUCUAUGGUUAGGGUGACUUCUAAUCAAACAAGACAGUAAAUGUUAACAGGAAUAGUAUUCUUGAAUAAAAUGUGUAUGACUGUGAUAACUUUGUUAAUCUUUAGAUUUUUCUGGUUAAAAAUGUGCAUUUUUAAAGAUCAAGAAGAAUGAGCUCUGUCAUGAUUCCCUGCUGUAGAAUUUGCAUGAUCUUUACUGUAUUAACUUUGUCUUCAAGUUUUAAACUUCCCAACCUACUGCUCAGCUAUAUCUUUGUAAACAAGUGUUGUGCCCCUUAUAUUUGUAUGCAAGCCAGUAUGUAUAACAAUGUGAGAUUCCUUAUCUGAUUUAAUAAAAUGCUUGAAUAUGGA